GAUCGAUGUUCAUGGCGCACCUACUACACCAGACUACAUGCUGUGGUUCCUCUCCAUCACGCGUCGAUGGAUGACACCACGUGCCAUCUUCGCAACAGCACAUUACGCACCUUCUGUGCCUACGAUGACCCAAUUUACGCAAGAUGCGGCAGACGUGAUGCGGUACAGCCACGAGGAGCCGGUGAGGGAGAUAUUAAGUGCUGUAGAGUCCUCACCGACUACCGCCCAUACGCACGUCUCAUCUCCUACCUAUGACUACCAUUUGGAGGAGAUGGGCCAUUCAUACCCCGUUGACGUUGCGGGGAUCUCGCAGGCUGGACUAUCACAGCCAUUACAGUUCCAGUCCCUUCCACUGCCAGAGCGACACCCAAACGCCUCUUACUACCGUAGGAGGCAUAGGAGACCAACUCAGUUGGAUAGGGUAGAUGAAAGUCGUGAGCGUUAACGUUUAACUUUUGUGUAUU